GGGUAGGUUGGAUAUAGGAGUAUAUAACUGUACCCGAACCGGACGAAAGAUCAGAGACCCAAAAAGUCAAAAUUGGCUGUCGUCGAUCUUCCAUUACCAUAGCAGCUUCUCUCAAGGAUUCCUCAGCUUUACUCUCCUGUUCCCUCUUCUGGGUUCCCUUUGAUUUUCGAAGGGUUGUUUGUGUUUUGGUGAAUUUCCUCUGGCUUCUGCUACAAACAGGAAACUUAACCGAACCGAACGCUACAGUGGAAAAGAGGGAAGCUUUGUUUCGUGCAGGAAAAUGUUAACCGAGUGGCUUCCCUGAUGUUUGGUCCCUCACCACUGUUUACCCAUUUCUCACCCACUGUGAACUGGGGUCUGAUUGAUUGACACCACAGUAGAAACUGCAAAGUAACCUGGUUUUGGCUGUUGUCACGUAAAGGAUUUGGGGGGGUCCAUGAUGGCGGACAUUAGUCCUAGUACUUCAACGGAUGGCGACACCGAUGAUAAGAAUUUGAGGUUUCAAAGUGAUCAAUCCCAAGCCAUUGUGACUUCUGAUGCCAGCGACAAAUCAAGGGAUCAAAAGACGCUUCGCAGGCUUGCUCAAAAUCGCGAAGCUGCAAGAAAGAGCCGUUUAAGGAAAAAAGCUUAUGUUCAGCAACUAGAGAGCAGCAGAAUGAAGCUUACACAACUUGAACAAGAGCUCCAACGAGCUCGGCAGCAGGGCAUCUUCAUUUCAAGCUCAGGAGAACAAUCUCAAUCGAUGAGUGGAAAUGGAGCCUUGGCAUUUGAUGUGGAAUAUGCACGGUGGCUGGAAGAGCACAACCGACGGAUAAAUGAGCUGAGGGGCGCUGUCAACUCCCAUGCGGGUGAUGGUGAACUUCGCAUCAUUGUGGAUGGCAUCUUGGCUCACUAUGAUGACAUUUUCAGGAUAAAAGGGGAUGCUGCAAAGGCUGAUGUGUUUCAUAUUUUAUCAGGCAUGUGGAAAACACCUGCAGAGAGGUGUUUUUUGUGGCUUGGUGGAUUCCGUUCAUCUGAACUCCUUAAGCUGCUUGUAAAUCAGCUGGAGCCAUUAACUGAGCAGCAGUUGUUGGGUAUCACUAGCUUGCAGCAAUCAUCCCAACAAGCAGAAGAUGCCUUGUCCCAGGGAAUGGAGGCAUUGCAACAAUCAUUGGCCGAGACUUUGGCUGGAUCUCUUGGCCCUUCGGGUUCAUCAGGGAAUGUUGCAAACUACAUGGGACAAAUGGCAAUGGCGAUGGGAAAGCUAGGAACUCUCGAGGGCUUCAUUCGCCAGGCUGACAAUCUAAGACAACAAACACUGCAACAACUGCACCGGAUAUUGACGACCCGCCAAUCGGCUCGUGCUUUGCUUGCUAUAAAUGAUUAUUUCUCUCGGCUUCGAGCUCUUAGCUCUCUAUGGCUUGCUCGUCCACGGGAGUAACGAAGCAUAUGAUACUACACUGAUUCACAUUUCGGAGAUGAGUCUGGCUGUGUUCUUGGUAGUGCCAUGUAUGAUUCAGAGUUCAAAUUAUAGGCAGUGUUAGUAGCCAUGUGUAGCUGUUGUAAUGAUCUUGCUUCUGUUGUAAUGGUACAGAGUUUUACCUCUAUGGAAUUGUAUGAUCCUUCUGGUGCUGGGUUUGUAUCAUUUUCACUCGAUAGUCACUUUUUCAACAUAGGGUUGUGUAAUCUAAAUCUUUUUCUGAUCAGCCAAAAAGAAGGGCAAAAAAGAUCUUAUUCUGACCAA